GUUCUCUGGUUCUGCAGAGGAGUUGAGUCUCCUCAGUCCGCCGCCGGCGCCACCUCCUCUGCGGUCCGCUCCUGAGGACAGAGGACAGACUCUCAGCGGAAACUUGUGCAAGAGGACACGAAAAGGGCGACGGGGAGGGCUGAUAACCUGCUGCUACCGCUGAGCCCCCGUUGAGAAGCCCAUGCAGGCCGUUAUAUGAGGACGUCGAGGGGAUCCAUCGCCAACGCCGUGACCGACACGCCGCCGGUGCUGUCAGCUCUCCUGCUCCUGCUGAAACCAUGGCCCAGCGCAGCGCUGAGCUGUCCCCUCUGCUAGGCGACGGGGCAUCCGAGAGGGCAGGAGACAUGUUGGGACAGACGCCCGGGGACCACUGCACUGAAUUCUGUUACUAUAGCAACUACUGUAGUAACCAUGGAAAUGCUAUGGAGGACUGGACUGGUCUGCAUUCUCGUUGUCAUCACGGUUGCCGCCGAGGUCGCAGGCGGUCACAGAGAUGAGUUUGCUCAGUCGCAAGCUGCGUUCCUGUCCAGCUUAGGCCAGUAUGAAAUCGCCAUCCCUGUACGAGUAGGACCAAAUGGCGAGUUGCUGGACACAGAUGAGUCUCAAAACCACCAAAGAAGACGACGGAGCUCUGAGGACAAGCUGCACGACUCUGUCUUCUACCAGGUAUCCACAUCACGGAACAAUUUCCUGCUGAACCUGACUCUGCAGGGAGGCCUGCUGUCCCGGCAGUUCAGGGUGGAGUACUGGAAGAGGGGUCGAUUGGCCUGGAGUCACCCUUACUCUUCCCAUUGCCACUACACGGGACACCUCCAGAACCAGCCGCACUCCAGCAAAGUGGCCCUGAGCAACUGCAACGGCCUGCAGGGGGUGAUUGUUGCAGGGGGAGAGGAGUACCUGAUUGAACCCCUUGUCUCACCAGAUAACCAAACGAGGACGGAGAGGGGGGAGAGAGGGGGACAGAGAACAGAGGGGCGCCCCCAUGUGGUAUACAAACGGUCAUCGCUCCGCCAUCAGUACAAGGGUCGGUCCUGCGGGGUCAUCGAUGAGAAGCCCAUGAAAGGCGCGUCAUGGUGGCAGCGAACCCUGAAGACGCCUCCUCAUCACGUGGGCCGUGGUCAGCUACCUCUGAAGCGCUCCGUUAGCCAGGAGCGCUACGUGGAGACACUGGUGGUAGCUGACAAGAUGAUGGUGGGUUACCACGGUCGCAGGGACAUCGAGCAGUACAUCCUGGCUGUCAUGAAUAUUGUUGCCAAACUGUUCCAGGAUUCUAGCCUGGGGAACGCAGUCAACAUCGUAGUGACGCGGCUUAUUCUGCUCAUGGAGGACCAGCCAACGUUGGAGAUCAAUCAUCAUGCAGGGAAGUCUUUAGACAGCUUCUGCAAGUGGCAGAAAACCAUCCAACACCGGAGCAGCUACGGGAACGCCAUACCGGACAACGGCAUUGCUCACCACGACACCGCCGUGCUCAUCACCAGGUACGACAUCUGCAUCCAGAAAAACAAGCCCUGUGAAACCCUAGGUCUGGCUCCGGUAGGAGGGAUGUGUGAGCCAGAGAGAAGCUGCAGCAUCAAUGAGGAUAUUGGUCUUGGAACAGCUUUCACUAUUGCCCAUGAGAUUGGACAUACGUUCGGGAUGAACCAUGACGGCAUGGGGAACGCCUGCGGGCCACGCAGCCAGGAGACCGCCAAGCUGAUGGCUGACCACAUCACCAUGAAGACAAACCCAUUCAUAUGGUCCGCCUGCAGCCGGGAUUACAUCACCAGCUUCUUGGACUCAGGACUGGGCUCCUGUCUGAACAAUGUACCUCCGAAACAGGAGUUUGUGUACCCCACCACCGCGCCGGGCCAGGCCUACGAUGCAGACGAGCAGUGCCGCUUCCAGUACGGCAUGAGGUCCCGGCAGUGCAAAUAUUCGGAAGUCUGCAGUGAACUCUGGUGUAUGAGUAAGAGCAACCGCUGCAUCACCAGCAGCAUUCCCGCUGCAGAGGGAACCAUCUGUCAGACCAAUACCAUAGAAAAAGGGUGGUGCUAUAAGAGAAUCUGCGUGGCGUACGGUACCCGGCCUGAAGGUGUGGAUGGAGGGUGGGGUCUGUGGUCGCCCUGGGGCGAGUGCAGCAGGACCUGCGGAGGAGGAGUCUCCUCUUCUGUCCGACACUGCGACAGCCCCAGGCCGACCAUCGGUGGAAAGUAUUGUCUGGGGGAAAGAAAGCGCUUCAGGUCCUGUAAUAUUGACGAGUGCCCUGCAGGCUCUCGUGAUUUUCGGGAGAUUCAGUGCUCCAACUUUGACAGCAUUCCCUUCAGGGGAAAGUUUUACAGCUGGAAACCUUACAGAGGAGGUGGUGUGAAGCCCUGCACCCUCAACUGCCUUGCAGAAGGAUACAACUUCUACACAGAGCGCGCUCCCGCUGUAGUCGACGGCACACCGUGUAGAGACGACUCUCCGGACGUCUGUGUAAAUGGAGAGUGCAAGCACGUAGGUUGUGACCGUAUGCUCGGCUCGGAUGUACGCGAGGACCGCUGCCGGAUCUGCGGGGGUGAUGGGAGCAGCUGCAUCUCCGUGGAGGGAGUCUUCAACGACUCGCUGCCUGAAGGAGGCUACGAAGAGGUGGUCAGAAUUCCCAAGGGAUCGGUGUUCAUCCACAUACAAGAGCUCAACAUCUCCCUCAACUACCUUGUGCUGAAGAGUAAAGGUGAUCAGUACUUUAUCAAUGGGAAGCUGAGCAUCGACACGCCUCGCAGGUUCAACAUCGCCGGGACCACAUUCCACUACAGACGGCCCACUGACGGACCGGAAAUGCUCGAAGCUCUCGGCCCAACAAACAUUACCCUCAUUGUAAUGGUGCUGGUGAGGGAGGAUAAGCCAGGGAUCCACUACCGUUUCAACCCGCCACUCAACAGGGAUCCCCUGCAUGCUUUUGCCUGGCACUACAGCUCCUGGUCCCGCUGCUCCGCUCUCUGCGCUGGAGGUGUGCAGAUUCAGCAGGUGGUGUGCAAGAGGCAGACGGAUCGUUCAGUCGUCUACAAUCACUUCUGUGACAAGAAGAACAAACCCAAAGAGAAGAGGAGAUCCUGCAACACUGAGCCGUGUUCCCCAACCUGGUCGACGGGAGAGUGGUCGGAGUGCAGUCGCAGCUGCAAUGGCGGCCUGCGAACGCGGGAGGUUUUAUGUAAAAGGAAAAUCUCUGCCAACGAGGAGAAGAUCCUGGACGACUCGGCCUGCGCGCCCCCCCACCCUUCCUUCACAGAGCCCUGUGGCAACCACAGCUGCCCCCCCGAAUGGCUGGCUCUGGAUUGGUCCGAGUGCACACCCAGCUGCGGUCCCGGCUACAGGCACCGUGUGGUCUUAUGCAAGAGCGGUGAGAGCGGCGACACCUUGCCGGAGUCCAGGUGCCCCAAACACAGCCGGCCCACCUCCAGGGUGCGCUGUAACCUGAAGCGCUGCCCUCCACCUCAGUGGGUGGCUGGUCCUUGGGGAGAGUGCUCUGCCAAGUGUGGCCUGGGUCAGGAGAUGCGCUCCGUGCAGUGUCUGACCCACGCCGGCCAGCCCUCCAACGAGUGUUUGGAGCAUCAGCGGCCUGCAGCCAUGCAGCAGUGCAAGAGCAAAUGUGACCUCAUUCUGCCCAUAAGUACAGACAAACCUGAAGGUCAGAGGCCAAAUAUCAGUCCUGAGUGUAAAGAUGUGAACACGGUGGCCUACUGCCCCCUGGUGCUCAGGUUCAAGUUCUGCAGCCGGCCGUAUUUCAGACAAAUGUGCUGCAAGACCUGCCAGGGACACUGACACCAAGAAAACCCCCCAGCAUCCACUCCUUUGGGCCCUGUACACUCCCACAGUAGGUCUGAAAACCUCCCCACUGAGCCUUGCAACAGCAGCCCUCACGGUGACUCUUCAGAGGAGUGUGGGAUCGAACUGGGACACUAUCACACAGACGCCUGGUCCUGUUAUUGACCAGAGGGACCCUCUUUCUCCCCACCGAGAACGCAGAUCAGACAUCUCAAGGCCAAAGCCGAGUUUAAACAUUCCACUGGAGACGGACGGGGGGGGGGGGGGGGCUGCUGAAACCUGGAGAGCCAGAAGGAGCGAGUACUUGUUCUGCAUCAUCUGUUGUGAUGCACCUCCUCUCUCUGUCCCUCUAAACUUUCCUAUCGUUGCAAUAUUUUGGUGCUAUUGCGUUUCACUUUGGCCACAGGACUCGUCACAGUUCCACUCGUCUUGGCUCGAGUGGCCGAAAACUUUAACCCCCCCAUGUUUCACAGGUGGUAUUUGUUCUGUUUAUUCAUUUCUUUGUAAAGAAUUAUUUUUUUCACAUAUGUUUUCCCACAAAAAAAAAAAAGGAAUAACUUUUAUCAUGAAAUCAAAGAUGUAUUUCUUUGUUAUCUGACGGCUGUUACUUGACCACGUUGUUUUGUGUUUUUGUUCUUUGUUGCAUAUCAACGUGCUCAUCGAGUCUUUGCUGUUAUUCGGUUGUAUGAGCAGAGUUUUCGACCUGCAGUUAGAGGACUUGUGUGUUUUAUGUUUGUCAUCAUGUGAUUUGACUUGAUGCCCGUGUGGAAGCUGCUGAGACGUCUCGGUGCAGUCACCUUCCCUUCCACUUGCCUCGCCAUUUCGCAUUUAGUUUUGCUUACAGGUUGUCAUCUCUGCAGUUUAAAUAUUGCUUCAUGCUGCACAGAGCUUCAGCAACGUUUUAGCCAAACUAGUGUUUCCUCAACCCGGUCAAUCUUCAGAUUACUCCGUGUCCGUUUGUGUCGUGGCUGCAGACCGUGGCAGCUUCUGCAAAAGGUCUCUGGUGUCAUUAUCGGAACAAUCCCUCUGUGAAGACUUGCUGUAAUUUUUUUUUUUUUGUUAUUCUUCUUCAUCAUAUGUUCAGAUGUGCAAAUAAUGCACGCAGUGAGUCAGCUCUGCCGGCAGGAAGAGGCCGUCCUGGCUACUGAGUUCAUACCCAAGACCACAUUACUUUAAAGUGCUGUUUAACAAGAGUGCUAAUCUGAGGAUGGAUUUAUAAAAGAUCUGGCCUCUUUGUACAUCUGGAGUAUUCAUGGCAGGAUGAAACCUUUGUUCAGUCUGCUGAGAGACUUUCAUAGAUUACAGCCAGUUUCUGUUCUCUUCUUUUGGGCCACGCAUGAAUGCAACAGCGUCACACCGUGUCCGUGAUGUUGAUUAGGUAAAUGUUUAGCAGUCGUUGGAGAAGUCUUAUCAUUCACAUGGGGCUGUUUCCAAUGUUUACCUAGUUUUUAGUCUACAACGACUCAUUUGGGGAAAAAUCUAGCUCUGAAAUUGCCAGCUCGGUGUGUUUGCUGUGGAGUUGCUCUCCGUGAGCCGCCAGGGAAAACUGCUUUCUUCAUACAUACUACAAAAAUGUAAUCACUAGACACUGCUGUUUUGCUAAAUUCACAGAAAUAACAACUACAAACUUUUCAGCAGAUUCAUUCAUUCACAUGUCACUUCCCGUGUGAUUUCAUUUCAGAUUUCUUUUUUUUUAUAUUUAGGAGUGAUGUAAUCUGGCUAAAAAUGUGUGUUGUGGAAAAUUUGAGUGGCUCAUUUUUAAAAUACGCCGUUUUAGCUUUUUUCUCCGACCCAAGUGUUGCGCAAAAAAGAUUCAGAGAUGAGUCGUCAUGUCUCACAGCAUCGGUGUGUCAUCCUAGGAAGUCUGCCGUGACGGCGAUCGACGCUGACAGCGGCUCUUUUUUAAUGCUAAAUGUCAAGAUCAUUUCAUUGUGAAGUGGCUGUAUGUGUUUCACGGGGGACUUGGUGCAGUGUUUUUUUUUUGUGGUGCUUUGGUUUUGAAUGGUGCUAUUUGUUCACUUUGCUCUGAGUUAUCAGUUAGAUUCAAAUCUUGUAUUAUUUAGAAAAUCGUUUGAAGCUUUUGUAAUAAUGCCGAUCUGCAAAGCUGGCCUGAGGUGUGACGGAGUAGCUGUAUUAGGAUCCCCCGACCCACCGGCGGCACUUUUUAAAAAUGAAAAUCCUAUGUUUAUUGUUAUUUAAACAAUUUAAUUUACACUCUCUGACGUGAAUCACCUGGCAUAUAGUAUAUCCCAGUAAAUGUAGCUCACUACACUAAUUGUUUUUGAAUUAUCUCAAGUUAUAUGACAGUUACAGCAGAGAGUGACCUCGAGUAAUUUGCUAUUUAGUUUUAGGACACAGUUUUUACAAUAUUUACUAAUUCAUUUUGGAGUGACCAAAUUGUUUAUACAUUCUCAAAUAAAAUCAAAUGUCUUGUAAUUGUCCCUGUGAAACAAAGCAAUCAUGAAGUGUAUUUAUAUUUUGUGUUUUCAGUUUGAUAUCAGAGUGUACGCAUAACUCAUGUCUGCAAAACUGUCAAUCGCUCAAACAGAUUCAGAGAUUUUAGAUCUGAGAUCCAUUUCCAUCCAUGUCCCCGUCUAAAUUCUCCCACGUUGAUCAGCUCUUGAGAUGUAAAUCAUCUCGGUGCCGCAGCUAUCCAGCAUUUUCAUUUAAUUCAUGAGAAAGUAACUGCUGCCACGCGUGACCUCUCGUGCGCUUGCUUGUGUUGAAGAGGAGGGAAGUGGCCGUUUAUUCUUCUGGUGGACUUCAGUCUACCAACAAAUACCCGGAAAAUCAUUUAAAUACUCCACUUCUUGAAAAAGUAAUGACAGAUCAAUCAAAUAUUUGCAAUCAGCAGCUAGAAUGGCGAUCUCUCCUUCAAGCCACAGGGAAGGGCAGCAGCGCUCAUUCCUCUACCCUCAUGGAUACUGAAAAGAAAUCCAGUUAUAACGACUGCUGUACGGACUUGUGAUCCUUCUGUAAAGGGUGGUCAGGUGUACGCCACGUUAAAAGGAGACCAGCUUUUUAUCACCAUACCAUCUGACCACGUUCAAAGUUUACACCUGCUGAGAUCCGACCGCACUGGCCGCGUCCAAACGUGGCCGGGCUGAUCCGGUGAUCCCACUGCAACGAGUGUGCAUCGCUACGCUUUUCACAGAUAUGUUUUUGUGUCUGAAGUGGAUAAGCUAUUUUAACAUGUUAACAUGAGGUGUAAAUCAGGUACCACCAGUGUCUGGAAGGGUUGUUUUUUUUUGUUUUUUGUUUCCUCUACUGGGCUGAUGAUUGGGCUUCACACUGAGCAGUGGAGCUGUUUUUGUUCAAGCUGAAGGACAGUACCAGUGUCUGUUAUUCUGUUUUUUUUUUCACAUGCUCAUUAUAUACGUACUGUAUAUUGUUCAAUAUUAUAGGAGAUGAUUUCAUUUUUUUCCCCCAUGUACAUCUUUUUAAAAGGAAAUAUUAAAUACUAAACAUGGUGCUUUGUUGAUUUCAAAGAAAUGGAUUUGACUUGCAUACUUGCUGAGUGUUUGUGUUUGUGCAAGUACUAAAAUA